CAUUCUACUUGCCACAUCCUUACUGUAAACAUCACUGCAUGCAGAGCAGACAGACGAUCGAUGCAUACACCUAACCAUAACAAUUCCUACCCCAAUUAUCUUCCUUAAAUUAACUGCUCAUUUGCUACACAAACUUCGAUCGUUAUGUUUGCAGAUGUUCCAGAUAGUGCUGUGAUACUGAGGAGGCACGGGCCGAGGAGCGACUUGUUCUCUUGCCUUGUGUUCAACGAGCUGGAGGCGUUCAACCCGAGGGACCAGCUGCCGUUUGCUUACGUUAGAGACGGGAUGAGCCCCAAGGUGAAGAUGAACAUGUUCGACGUGGAAGUGUUCGAGCAGAUUGCACUGGAGUACAGGCACGUUUUGAAGAGAUCGUCGUCGCCGGCGGCGGAACAAGGGACCAAAAGGAGGAGAGUGGGAGGUGGGUUUUGGCAUGAUUUGGUUGUGAAUAGCAGUUGUUGCAGUAGGUGCCAGAAUUACUUGUUGGAGAUGUGGGGUGGCGAUUCCCAUGUAUAAAAUUCGAUUCUUUGAUUGAUUCUUUCUAUGUUCUUCUUUUCUUGUCCUCUCACUCAGCUCCUUCUCUUUAUUCUUUAUUUGAUUAAAUUGCUGUUGUUUUGGAUUUUGUCUUGUCUGUGUGGUAUGUUCUUUUCUUGUUGCUGCUGGGAGAUUCGGACGGAGAAAAUGAAAGGGGGAUUACUAUCAGUCUAGUUGGCAUUUUCACAGGAAAAAGAAAGCUGACAGCGCAGUAGUGCAUAUGCUUCUCAUUUUACUUCCUGUCGCUUUUGGGACCUUCUAGUGGGUCUUUCACAAAUAGGGAUGAAAAUUGGGUGAAUUUGCCUAAACAGACCAUCUCAUUUUCAAAUACCUAAAUUCAUACCCGUCCCAUACGCAUGCAGUAGAAAGUUUUACAAAUCUAUCGUCAUACCCAUGGUUUUCGAAUGUCCAUGGGUAAUAUCUGUCCCAUCAACUACUUACCAUUAAUAAAAGAAUAUGGUGACAAAUGUGGAUACUAUUACUACCCGCCCUAAAUUAUGGAACUAAUACAUAAGAGGAUGAAAUUACGGUUUGGUUGCCAUCAAUUACAUUUUAACACUUUCUUUUUCCUUUUAAUUAUCCGUCAUUCCAUUGACAAGUUACAAUAAACUCCUUAUAUUUUACGCAUAUAACAUAACUAGCGUGGAGCCCCGGCCAGUUGGCCGGAAGGUGAGGUAUGAAAUUUGAGAAUGUAAUGGAGUGUAUAACUUAUUGUUGUAUAGUUUUUUUUUUGGGAAACACGUGAUAAAGAUAGAGAAUUUUAGCAGGAAAAUACAUGAAUGAUGAAACUAAUUAAAAGUCAGCCUUAUGAACCAAGUUCGAGUACCUGUUACCUUGUGAAACAAUAUUAUUUCUAAUAAUAUGAUGAGAUGGAGUAAGUUUUGUAGAAACCGAAUUCCAGAAAACCGAAACAAAAAUCGCCUAUCCCGUCGGUCUUUGGGAAAUGAGCAUCUCGCAAUCGUUGCUAGCUUUUGCUCUGCCCGUUGGCCAAUUAAUUUUCUUUAUAGAACUUCCAUCUUGUCGUCAAAGUUAUUAAUUCGAAUGGAACAAUUCAUUCAUAAAUUCACGGAAAGAGUUACCAUUUCGACAUUCACAACGGGAAGAAUUGAAAGCUUGAACACCGGAAAAGUUGUAUACACAAAACCCUUGGAAACAUUUAUUUUUACAAAAGAUAAUCAUAUAUUGAUAGAAGAAAAAGAUAGUUACAUCCUGGAACUAAGCCAGGUCCGAAAAUCAAAGCGCCGACUCAUAGUCGGGUACAAAGAAAAGGCCUUUCUAGCCACCCUAUGGGCUACCCUAUUGUUACACCGACCUACAAAUCGAAUAGAUAAACCAGAACGGGCCUGAAAAUAAUAUACUAUCUCCUCAAGAACCAUCCCCGCCCGGUUAUCUGUAGUAUCUUCCUUGUUGACUUUAUUAAUGAGCACCUUAGCAUCUCCCUCACACCUGAUGUCCGAGAAGCCGAGAUCAAAACCCUUGGAAACAUUAUCAUUUACAUUAUGAAUUAGGAUGAUAAGUAUCUCAUCUCAAGCUUUGGAUAACAGAAUUCAUGAUGCUAUAGAGAAACAACCUGUAUGAGAUAACAAUAAAGGAAGUGAAUGAGAAUGAAAGUAAACUAGAGGGCUGUAAAUGAAACCAAAAGGGAAAAUUUAUAUAAAGGAUUUUCAUUAGUUUUGCUGGUAAAUUAGUGAUUUGAUGUCUGUUUACUGAACUUAAUCUGGUAUAUCUCGGAGUUUCAAUUCGGCAUAACAGUGAGUGAUCACUCAAGUGACUUUGUAUCAAUGAGGAAAAAAUUGGGGUAAGGCAUCUCAUCCUAUGAGUAUAUACACAUAAAUUGAGGUAAGCAAACUCAAUUUCUCAUGUUCGACCAACUUAAAAAAACGUAAAGAUGGUA